UUGCUGCUCGAUCCGGUUUUCAGCACAGCCAAAUACAAUGUCCUCACCUUCCUCCCCCGGUUCCUCUACUCACAGUUCAGGAGGGCAGCCAACGCCUUCUUUCUCUUCAUUGCACUCUUGCAGCAAAUCCCAGAUGUGUCUCCCACUGGUCGCUGGACCACACUGGUGCCGCUGCUCUUCAUCCUGGUGGUGGCUGCUGUCAAGGAGGUCAUUGAGGAUCUGAAACGUCACAAUGCUGACAAUGUUGUCAACAAAAAGGAAUGUCAAGUAUUGAGGAAUGGUGCCUAAAUUGUGCACUGGGAGAAGGUGGCUGUUGGGGAAGUAGUCAGACUGGCAAAUGGGGAUCACCUCCCGGCUGACCUCGUCAUUCUGUCGUCCAGUGAACCACAGGGUAUGUGCUACAUUGAAACAUCUAACUUGGAUGGAGAAACAAACCUUAAAAUCAGACAGGGUCUCCAGUUGACUGCAGACAUAAAGGACAUUGACAGCCUGAUGCGUCUCUCUGGGCGGAUGGAGUGUGAGAGCCCAAACCGCCAUCUGUACGAGUUUGUUGGGAACAUCCGUCUGGAUGGACACAGCACAGUACCACUGGGUCCUGACCAGAUCUUACUGAGAGGAGCCCAGCUGAGGAACACCCAGUGGGUCCAUGGCGUGGUGGUCUACACUGGCCAUGACACAAAACUCAUGCAGAAUUCUACUCGGCCUCCUUUGAAACUCUCCAACGUGGAGCGCAUUACCAACUUUCAGAUCCUUGUGCUGUUUGGCUGCCUGUUGGCCAUCUCGCUGGUCUGCUCCAUCGGCCAAACCAUCUGGAAGUACCAGUACGGCAAUGAUGCCUGGUACAUGGAUCUCAACUAUGGCGGGGCGGCUAACUUUGGCCUCAACUUUCUCACCUUCAUCAUCCUGUUCAACAACCAUCCCAUCAGUCUCCUGGUCACACUGGAGGUUAUCAAGUUCAUCCAAGCUUUUUUCAUCAACUGGGACACUGAUAUGCUCUAUGAGCCCACAAACACACCUGCCAUGGCUCGCACCUCCAAUCUGAAUGAAGAAUUAGGCCAGGUCAAAUACAUUUUCUCUGACAAGACGGGGACUCUGACCUGCAACGUCAUGCAGUUCAAGAAGUGCACCAUCGCCGGUGUGGCCUAUGGUCACGUCCCUGAGGCUGAGGAGGGUAGUUUUGCAGAGGACGACUGGCACAGCACACACUCGUCAGAGGAGGCCGGAUUUAAUGACCCAAGCUUACUGGAAAAUCUCCAAAGUAAUCACCCUACAGCUGCUGUCAUCCUGGAGUUCAUGACCAUGAUGGCCAUCUGUCACACUGCAGUCCCUGAGCGCACAGACGGAAAAAUCACCUACCAGGCUGCAUCUCCAGAUGAAGGUGCUCUGGUGAGAGCAGCAAGAAACCUCGGCUUUGUGUUUUCUGGUAGAACCCCAGACAGCGUCAUAGUGGAAAUUCUUGGAAGAGAGGAGAAGUACGAACUGCUUCAUGUGCUGGAGUUUACAAGCGCGAGGAAGAGGAUGUCAGUCAUCAUGCGGACCCCAUCUGGGAAGAUCCGCCUCUACUGCAAAGGAGCUGACACAGUGAUCUAUGACCGUCUGGCAGACAGCUCUAGGUACAAAGAGAUCACGUUGAAGCACCUGGAACAGUUUGCCACUGAGGGUGAGUGGACUAACAGCACCCCCUGUCUGCCAAAAGUAAAACAUCUUUUAGAAUGCUUCUAAUAUGUGCUUUUUUGUGGUCAUCAAUACCAUUUGAUUGUC